AUGUAUUGGUCAAUGCUGCAACAAUUGAUAAUAAUAAUUAUUGUUAUUGCAAUAAGUCAUAUUACAAAUACGUUUGCUUGUUUCAGCAAUGGUUUUUGUUCAUGUCAAACAAGAAUACCUGUUAAUACCUGUCCAUGCGUACAACGUAUACCAUUACAGCAAAAAAGUUACGCUACGCCAUACGUGUCACAACAAUUACCAAGUUUACUUAUUCCACCUCCACCAUCCUAUUCUGCACCAUAUCCUACAUAUUCAAUUAAUACUGCUUCAUUUUCAAACGUUCAUCCUCAAAGUUAUAAUCAACCUCGCUAUACCUAUAAUGCACCACAAUCAUUACCUCAGCAACCUAUGAUACCAUCAUUAUCUCAGCAACCAGUGAUACCAACAUAUAAUAAUCAACCAUCUAUUGGUACUAUCAUCGGCAAAUCUAAAUUUUACACUUCACCUUAUCAUAUUCCUGAAAUUCAGUCACAAGAAAUGUCACCAAAUGCAAUAGCAGAAGUACCUACAAUUUAUGAAUCACAAAAGUCAAAUAUAUAUGGUGACAAUUUACGACAAAUAGAAGUGUCACCAUCUAUUAUAAGAAGCGAACUUAUCAAUGAUUUUAAUCAACAAACAACAGAGCAACCAUUGUUACAAUAUACGGAUGAUAUAACUGAUGCAACAUUAGCUGCGCAAAAUGUCGGCAUCAUAUCAUCAAAUCAACAACAUUCAAUUAUGGCUGCCAAUUUAAAUUCUCAACAAGCGCAAAUGACUGCUAUAAAUAAUACAACAAAUAAUAAUAUUGGAAUAAAUGAGAGAGAAAAUAUAAAUAAAUUGCAACGUGAUACUUCAAUUAAACAAAAUAUUGGUAUAAUAAUACGUCCAUUGGGUAUUUCAAGAAAACGUCAUCAACAAAAUCGAUUAUUACCAUGUUCAAAAAUUAUUAAUAAAUUAAAAAAUCACGAUAAUAAAACAACUAUUAUUAAUGAAGCGCAAAGCGCAAUUGAAUGUAUCGCAUUAUUUACAACUGCUAAUUCAUCAAAAUUUAAUAAAAAUGAUGAAUUAAAAAGUGUUAAAAAAAAUAAUGCAACAUUACCAAUAUUUGGAUUAAAUAAUAAAAAUUAUAAUCGAGAAGUGAAUUUAAAUAUGGAAAAAGGAAAUAUAUCAAAUGUAAGAAAUGGUAUUUGGAUAAUUCCACGUAAAGAGUCGAUGAAAUAUUUUAAAUUAUUUAAUGCAACAUCACUUAUCAAUGAUCAACAUCGAUAUGAUAGCAAUAAAUUAUUGCAAAAACAACAAAAUUCAAAAACUGAUGAAAAUAUGUCACAAAAUGGAGAUGAAAAUAAAUCAAAUGGAAUUAAGAGAUAUACAAAUCGAAAUAUGAAAACGAUAUUUAAAGAAAUUUCGUCUAAUGAUUGGACAAGAAGAAAUGACAUAUUAUUUGAACGUAAAUUUGAAAGAACAAAAGGAUUAAAUAAUGAAAAGAAAUGGAGUGAUUAUGAAAAUAAUUUUUACACAACUUAUCAUCAUCAGAGUUGUAAGGGUCAAAUAUUGGGUCAUUUACGAAAUGGAACAAUUAUGUCAAUAGCAAAAAAAUGUGAAGAGUUAGAUUGUGAUGCGACAAAUGUUCGACUUUCAGGCGAUCAUGUCCUAGAAAUUACCUUCUUAAAAAAUAUCACUGCACGUUUCAAAAAUUAUGGCAACUAUUGUGUUUCAAAGAAAUCGAUAGGUGAAAUCAAAUCUGUCAAUGUAAUAUUUGGAGCAAAUGGGCUUUCAUAUGCUCGUCGAUAUGACAGUGAAUCAUUUCGUAAAGAUAUUCGUUAUCGUAAUUAUCGCGAAACAAAUAAACAUGAAAGGCAAAUAAUGCGAUUUAUGAAGCCAAUAGUGAUUGAUGGUACUGUAAGAGUGUUGUAA